CUCAUUCCGCGCCUUGUUCUCUGCAUUACACCGGUGUCGAACUCCGUGUUAAUACCAGAUUAAAUACACUGGGAUUUAAACGGAUUAAUCAAUGUUACCCGAUUUCCCCCCAACCCCCUCCGUUACGGGCCGGCCAGGUUUACAUAAAAGAGUUGAUACCUAUUUAUACAGCAAAGGCGAGAACUGAAGCUAGAAAAUGCCGGCGAUCAAUAUAGAGGAUCUGAGCGAAAAGGAUAAACUGAAAAUGGAAGUUGAGCAGCUCCGGAAAGAAGUGAAGUUGGAAAGACAACCGGUGUCCAAAUGUUCUGAAGAUAUAAAGAACUACAUUGAAGAAAGAUCUGGAGAGGAUCCUUUGGUCCAGGGUAUUCCUGAAGAUAGGAAUCCUUUUAAAGAGAAAGGAGGCUGCGUCAUUGCAUGAAAGAAAAAUUUCCUACAUACAUUAUUGUACCUUUAGCGUAUAACUAGUUUGUCCUCAGUUCCAUGGGUCCUUGUUGAACGAGUACUGUCAAUGGAUUAAAAACAACAACAACCUUGAAUGAGACUCUUGUUUAUCUCUUUAUCAUUUUAUAUGAUCUAAUUAUAUCUCACUACUUGAUAAUAUUCUAAAUUGUAUUCUAAGUAUUGUUCCCCAGAGGAGACAGAUACUUGCUUAAUGUACUAAUGGGCAUUUGCGUGUAGUCUCUGUUUAGCGUGUUGUUUCUUGACUCUUGCGUUUACUAGCUCGUUUUAAUAAAAACUCUUGCUUCUA